AUGUCUGUGCCAGUGCUGUUGCCCGACUGGGCCUACAAGCCGGCGUGGUCUUCGGGUUCGCGUCAGGUGCAGCUGUGGCACUUCCUGUUGGAGCUGCUGAGCGGCGGCGGGCAGGGCGACACUAUCGGCUGGGGGGGCGAGUGGGGCGAGUUCGUCAUCCACGACCCCGAGAGGCUGGCGAGGCUGUGGGGCGAGAGGAAGGGAAAGCCGCACAUGAAUUACGACAAGCUCAGUCGGGCACUAAGAUAUUACUACAACAAGCGAAUCCUGCACAAAACCAAAGGCAAGCGAUUCACGUACAAGUUCAACUUCAGCAAAUUCAUCCUGGUCAACUACCACCUGCCGCCAUCUUGUUACCGCCUGCCGCCAUCUUGUCAUCAGAUGCUUCAGAGCCACCCUCUUGCCUUCCCUCUCCUCCGCAGCGAGAGCGGGCUUCCGAUCCAGGCAUCCCGGCCUAACCUGUUCUCGCCUCCAUGCUGCCUCCCUCAUCAUCUUCAAUAUCAUCAUUAUCAUCAUCAUCAUCAUCCCAUCCCACCGCCACCUCUUCUCCAGACCUCCUCACCCUUCAUCACCUGGCAGGACCACCUAAGUCGUCUUUAGCUCCGAAAGCAAACUCAAGGAGAGGCUGGGGAGCUUUGACGGACUUGUC